AUGGAGUUAGUGGACUUGCCGCUCAAUGAUCGUAUGUUCACAUGGUUUCGGGGACGAUCUUGUAGUAGUAUUGAUAGAGCUCUGGUUAGCCUGGAAUGGUUAGAACAGUUCCCGGAGACGAGGAUACAAGGUGGACCGAGGGGAUUGUCAGAUCAUUGUCCUAUUAUAUUAGAAGAAAACAAACAAAGGAGAGGUCCAAGGCCAUUCAGAAGCUUAGAUUCUUGGUUUACACAUGAAGGGUUCCUUAGAAUGGUGAAAGAGGAGUGGAGAGGAUUGGGGCAGCUUCAGUUCACAGAUAAGUUGAAGGCGUUGACAGUCCCGUUAGGGAGAUGGCAUAAGGCCAAUUUUAGUGAUAUGGACAAGAAGAUUAUGACCUUUGAGGAAGAAAUUAAGAAGAUUGAUGAUAUGGUGAGCAGUGGAGUGUAUGAUGGUACGAUGGAGGCUAGACGAAAAGCGCUGGUCACUUGCUGUGAGAGGUGGUAUGUCAGAAAAGAAAUUCAUUGGAAGCAGAUGUCCAGAUCGCGACAAGCCAAGGAGAUGGACAAAAAUACAAGAUAUUUUCAUAAUAUAGCUUCAGCAAGAAGGAGGAAUAACAAGAUUGAUACAUUGCUAAUCAAUGGCAGACUGGAAGAGUCUCCUAUGAUAAGGUUUAGGGAUGAUCUAGUGAGGAAGAUAGGUCAGGAUGAUGCGGGAAAGUUGGAAAUGAUGCCAUCUGCUGAUGAGAUAAGGGAGGCUGUGUGGGACUGUGAGUCUUCUAAGGCACCUGGCUGCGACGGGUACAACAUGAAUUUCAUAAAGAGGUGUUGGAAUGAGAUAGGACUGGAAUUCACAACAGUUGCGACUGGGUUUUUUCAGACAUCCAGGUUACCGGCAGAGUCUAAUAUCACUUGGGUGGCGCUGGCUCAGAAGUUCGUUGGUGCAAGGGAAAUUAAAGACCUGCGGCUUAUUAGUAUGGUUGGGUGUGUAUACAAGGUAAUUUCUAAGAUAUUGGUUAGGAGAAUGAGACAAGUAAUGCCAGAGCUAAUAGGGGAGACUCAGAGUGCCUUUGUGAAAGGGAGAAAAAUACAUGAUGGGGCAAUUAUUGCGUAUGAAACUGUAGACUGGCUUAAGAGGAGGAAGAAGGAGGCAGUGAUAAUCAAAUUGGAUUUUCAAAAAGCUUAUGAUAGAGUCAAGUGGAGCUUUGUGGACUUAGUACUGCAAAAGAUGGGUUUUGGGCUUCGAUGGAGAUCGUGGGUUAUGGAGUGUUUGACGACAGCUUCUAUGUCAAUCUUGAUAAAUGGUUCGCCAUCCAAGCCGUUCAAGAUGGAAAGAGGAUUGAGACAAGGUGGUCCACUCUCACCUUUCUUGUUUGUACUGGUUGUAGAUGUGCUACAUCGGAUGAUUGGAGAGGCAGUCAGGAACGGCCGUAUAUCUCCGCUGUUAGUCGAGAGAGACAGUGUAGAGUUAUCGCAUCUCCAGUUUGCGGAUGACACAAUUUUGUUUAGUCCACCAGAAGAGGAGACCAUAAGGAACUACAAGCGACUCUUGAGGUGCUUUGAGCUGAUGUCAAGGCUCAGCAUUAACUUUGACAAGUCGAGCCUGAUCCCGGUAAAUUGUGAAGAGCAGUGGGUCCACCGCAUGUGCCGCUUGUUGGGUUGUAAGGGAGGCUCCCUUCCAAUAAAGUACCUGGGAAUCCCUUUAGAAGCAAAUCCGAGGUUGGUAAGGACCUGGAAGCCCAUAAUAGACAAAGUGGUGGAGAAACUCAGCCUGUGGAAAGCAAAGAGGAAGGAUGAUGGAAGCAAUGGGAUGGCACUAGUUAAAUGGGAAGUGGUACAAGCCCCCAAGAAACUGGGGGGGUUAGGUGUUGGAGAUGCUAUGAUUCGUAACACAGCUAUGUUGUUUAAGUGGUGGUGGCGCUUUGCCAAGGAGGACUGCCCAUUAUGGAAGAGAAUGGUGUGCUCCUGUAACAAUCUAAGUCCUAAUGAGCUACUAUCAACUCAAGAGCUACCUACUAGGGGAGGCCCAUGGAAGGAUAUAUGCCAGCUACAAAUAACGAAUCAACAUGUAAGGGAGAAGCUGGUUGCAGGGUUGUCCAUGGAGGUUGGUGAUGGGCAGCGUACUCAUUUUUGGGAGGAUGUAUGGCUACUCUGUGGAUUGUUGAAGGAUCGGUUCCCCAGGCUUUUCUUUGUUUCAAACCAAUGUGGAUCUGUCAUAGGGGAUUGUUGUAACACCCUACCAUACUAA